UACUCGUCCCUCUCUCUCUCUCUGUCUCUGCAACUCUCACUUUGCCUUUAAGAAGACGAAACUCUCUCUCUCUAGCUCCCAUUGUUUCUCUCUCUAGUCGCACACUGGAGAAAAAUAGUAGCAGAAAUAUUUGAUUCAUUUUAAAUAAUUAUUAAAUAAAUAAAAAAAGGGGGAAAACAAUGCUCGUCGCUUUCGGUUCGCGAGCCAUGUGACCGCUCUGACAUAUUCUCUUCCUCUUUGCUCUUCUUUUACUUCUCCUUCUUGCUUCUCCCAUUUUUUUGUUUUUUUUAUUCGCUGCAUUUUUUCAAAUCUCUCUCACGGAGUCACUGUCCGAGUUGACUCAGCUGGAUGGCCUCGUCCUCACGAGCCCGCAGCAGCUCUCCUUUCUCCUACCGGAAGCCAUCCAGUCCCUACUCCUCGACCUCUUCAUCUUCUUCGUUGAUCAACGGUCGGAUGAUUCCGCGCUCCUGCUCGACCUCGGCCUCGUCGUUCUACAACUCUGGAGGUGGGCUCGGGUCCCGAUCCGUGACGCCGAGCCACGGCCGCUCCGAUUCAAUGCAGUACGGGUCGGGGGGUUACAGUGCUCGCUCGCCCGUCGGGUUCGCGUCCGAGGAGCUUUUGGCGGAGAUGCUCGAGGCGCCCAAGGGUGGGGAUAGCAUAUCGGUGACGAUUCGGUUUCGGCCGCUGAGCGAGAGGGAGUUUCAGAGAGGGGAUGAGGUCACUUGGUACGCAGACGGCGAUAAGAUUGUGAGGAAUGAGUAUAAUCCAGCUACAGCCUAUGCAUUUGAUAGAGUUUUUGGACAGCAUGCCAAUUCGCAAGAGGUGUACGAAGUUGCUGCUAAACCUGUUGUCAAGGCUGCCAUGGAAGGUGUCAAUGGUACUGUUUUUGCUUAUGGUGUGACAAGUAGUGGAAAGACACACACUAUGCAUGGUGAUCAAAACGCUCCAGGUAUCAUACCAUUGGCGAUAAAGGAUGUCUUCAGUAUUAUCCAAGAUGUAAGUGGAAGGAAUUUCAGACUCCAGGCGUCUCAUUUUUUGAGUAUCUACAACGAGGUGAUAAAUGACUUGCUUGAUCCAACAGGUCAAAAUUUGCGUGUUAGAGAAGAUUCACAGGGUACUUAUGUUGAGGGUAUAAAAGAAGAAGUUGUUUUGUCUCCUGGGCAUGCACUUUCUUUUAUUGCUGCUGGAGAAGAGCAUCGUCAUGUUGGAUCAAACAAUUUUAAUCUGUUGAGUAGUCGAAGUCACACCAUAUUUACACUGAUGAUUGAAAGCAGUGCCCAUGGUGAUGAGUAUGACGGAGUGAUCUUCUCUCAACUUAAUUUAAUUGAUCUAGCUGGAUCUGAGAGCUCGAAAACCGAAACAACUGGACUAAGAAGAAAGGAAGGAUCAUACAUAAACAAGAGUCUUCUAACUCUUGGAACUGUAAUUGGAAAGCUGAGUGAGGGAAAGGCAUCCCAUGUUCCAUAUCGAGAUUCUAAGCUUACCCGCCUUUUACAAUCCUCGUUAGGUGGGCAUGGACAUGUUUCGCUUAUUUGCACGGUGACUCCUGCAUCAAGUAGCAUGGAGGAAACUCAUAAUACAUUGAAGUUUGCAAACAGGGCAAAGCGAGUAGAAAUCUAUGCAUCGCGUAAUAAGAUUAUUGAUGAAAAGUCAUUGAUUAAGAAGUAUCAAAGAGAGAUUUCGGUCCUGAAAACAGAACUUGAUCAGCUAAGGAAGGGGAUGCUUGUUGGCAUAAGUCAUGAGGAGAUUAUCAGCUUAAAGCAAAAGUUGGAAGAAGGUCAAUUUAAAAUGCAAUCAAGAUUGGAGGAAGAAGAGGAAGCGAAGGCUGCUCUUAUGAGUAGAAUCCAGAGGCUGACGAAGCUUAUCCUUGUUUCUUCAAAAAAUACAAUUCCUGGAUUAGGUGAUAUUCCCAGCCACCAACGCAGUUUUUCUGUUGGUGAGGAUGACAAAAUGGAAGUAGUGCGAGAUGGACCCUUGCUUCUAGAAGGUGAGAACCAAAAGGAGUCACCAUCAUCUGCAUCUGCUGGUCCAUCAGAUAUGGCUUAUGAUUUUAGACACAAGAGAUCUUCCAGCAGGAGGAAUGAAGAGCUCUCCCCAGCUGGCAGUACAAUUACAGAUUCAACUCAAGCGGGUGAACUUAUCAGUGGUUCAAGAGUUCCGAUGGGAGGGAUGACAAUGUCAGAUCACAUAGACCUGCUGGUUGAGCAAGUUAAGAUGCUUGCUGGAGAGAUUGCACUUGGCACCAGCUCCUUGAAACGAUUGGUGGAGCAGUCUGUAGAUGACCCUGAAAGCUCAAAAACUCAAAUUGAGAACUUGGAACGUGAUAUCCAUGAAAAGAGAAGGCAAAUGAGAAUUUUGGAACAGCGCAUUAACGAAAGUGGUGAGGCUUCAAUUGCUAAUGCAUCUAUGGUUGAGAUGCAGCAGACAGUUAAGAGACUGACGACCCAGUGCAAUGAGAAGGGAUUUGAAUUGGAAAUAAAAUCAGCAGACAAUCGUAUUCUCCAGGAGCAAUUGCAAAAUAAGUGUGCAGAGAACAUGGAGUUGCAAGAAAAAGUGGAUCAGUUAGAGCGGCGUUUGGCUUCAGUAUCUGGUGAAAGAUCAUCACCGUCUUCCGAGCACUGUGCAUCUGAAGAGUAUGUUGAGGAGUUGCAAAAGAAAAUUCAGUCUCAGGAGAUUGAGAAUGAAAAACUAAAGCUGGAGCACGUGCGUUUCUCGGAGGAGAGUAGUGGGUUACAUGUGCAGAAUCAAAAACUGGCCGAAGAAGCUUCUUAUGCAAAGGAACUGGCAUCGGCUGCUGCUGUUGAGUUGAAGAAUUUGGCUGGUGAAGUGACAAAGCUCUCAUUGCAGAAUGCAAAACUAGAAAAAGAAUUGUUGGCUGCUCGGGAGGUAGCCAAUUCUAGAAGUUCUGCCAUGCAACCCGUUAAUGGCAUUAACCGGAAGUACAAUGAUGGACCAAGAGGUGGGAGGAAAGGGAGGCUAUCUGGUCGUUCUGAUGACUUUGAGGCAUGGAAUCAUGAUUCGGAUGAUUUAAAGAUGGAACUCCAAGCAAGGAAACAGCGAGAGGCAGCUCUUGAGGCUGCCCUUGCUGAAAAGGAAUUUAUAGAAGAGGAGUACAGGAAAAAGGUUGAAGAUGCAAAGAAAAGGGAGGAAGCUCUAGAGAAUGAUUUAGCAAACAUGUGGGUGUUGGUCGCCAAAUUAAAGAAAGAGGGCGGGUCUAUCCCUGAGACACACACAGAAGAAAGGCAUAAUGAUGUGAUGGAAAAUAAUAAUGGUCUAAAAGCAACUGUGAAUGAGAGUGCCCACAUAGAGAUACAAGUUUUGGAUGCUCCAAAAUCUGCUGAUGAUGAAAGUCGUAUGGAAGAACCUCUUGUUCUUCGCCUUAAGGCUCGAAUGAAAGAGAUGAAGGAGAAGGAGCUCAAACACCAGGGAAACGGAGAUGCCAAUUCCCAUUUGUGUAAAGUAUGUUUUGAAUCACCAACUGCAGCAAUUCUUCUCCCUUGCCGGCAUUUUUGCUUGUGUAAAUCUUGUUCACUUGCAUGUUCUGAGUGCCCAAUUUGUCGUACAAAGAUUUCAGAUAGGCUUUUUGCAUUUACUUCGUGACACUCUUUUAUGCCCCCAAACGAAGGCUUUUAUGAACAUUCUGUUUUAUGUGAAAUGGCGGGUGCGAUUCUUUAAUUAGUUUGGUCGUAUGUAAGUAACUGUGUAAGAGUAUAUCGAUAUGUUGUUUGUGUCGCUCUCCAUUUGAGUCCUGUAAAAUAACAAGGGACAAAGAUGGGGAAAAAAGAAAUGUGCACAUUUGGGAGUUUGAGAUGCAGAAGGGAUGAUGUUGCUUUCUUUUUUUAAAGCAAGCAGCAAAAUGUUGUGAUUGAGCUUUGAGGGUUCCUAUCAUAUAUAAAACAUUACUUUGCCGUGUAUAGAAAACAAUGUAUGCUUAAGAAGCAUUAUUCUUCCACCUGCGCAAAUGUUUCCUUCAUUUUUUCACUGUUUA